CAGAUAUAGUGAAUGCGGGGUCCGGGGAGACCAGAUAUAGUGAAUGCGGGGUCCGGGGAGACCAAUAUAGUGAAUGCGGGGUUCGGGGAGGGUUCGGGUUCGGGGAGGCCGGAUAUAGUGAAUGCGGGGUUCGGGGAGGCCGGAUAUAGUGAAUGCAGGGUUGAAUGCGGGGGGAGGCCGGAUAUAGUGAAUGCGGGGUCCGGGGAGGCCGGAUAUAUAGUGAUAUGGGGUUCGGGGAGACCGGAUAUAGUGAAUGCGGGGUCCGGGGAGGCCGGAUAUAGUGAAUGCGGGGUCCGGGGAGACCGGAUAUAGUGAAUGCAGGAUCCGGGGAGACCAGAUAUAGUGAAUGCAGGAUGCGGGGUCCGGGGAGACCAGAUAUAGUGAAUGCAUGCGGGGUCCGGGGAGACCGGAUAUAGUGAAUGCAGGGUCCGGGGAGACCAGAUAUAGUGAAUGCCGGGGAGACCAGAUAUAGUGAAUGCAGGGUC